AUGUCCAGCUCAUCACUCGGGAUCGACAAGCUGGGGUUUGGCAUGGGCCGGUCGUCCUCAGACAUGAGCCGCGAAGAUCUCUCAGGCAUGUCCGGCUUUUCCUCUGGCAUAAUUACUCCCUCGCAAUCCGUCUCUGGCUACACUACUCCUCAGGGACGUCGAAACGGCCGUGCUCAACCUCCCAGUGCGCGCGCCGAGCGCUACGUUGACGCUAUGGCCGAGGUCAAGGCCAUUCUCAACCCCCACAACCUCGCUCUCACUGAGGAAGAGGUUGAUUACGCCGUGGACCUCGACUGGGACGCUAUAGGAGACGUGUCUCUGGAAGCUGUGGCUCAGGAUGAGCAGGAGGACUUUGUGGUGUCUGAGAAACCUGAUUCAGAGGCGAUUGGACGCAAAAAGCGCGGCCUAGAGCAGCUGAGAGCGCAGCUGGAGGAGUCUGACGUGGCCCUCAAACAGCUAGAGGACUACCUGGCCUGGUUCCAGAAAGACCUGGGCUCACUGAGCGCAGACAUGGAGCUGUUGCAGGGCAAGUCACUGGCCAUCUCCGAGCGGCUCAAUAAGCGAAUGGACGUUGAGAAGAUUCUGGCGCCCAAAAUCGACUCUAUGAUCGUCCCGGGUCACAUUUCACAGACCAUUUUCGAGGGCGAUCUGGACACUGAUUGGAUCAAGUGCGUGCACGAGUUUGAUGCCCUUCAGACCGAGGAGGAGAGAAAAAUUAAAGUGGAGGAGAAGAAGAAGGAGGGAGAAAAGGCUGAUAAAGAGGAGGUCAAGAAUGAAGAGAAAGUUGGCAACAAGGAAGAAAAUGCCGAAGAUAAAGACAAGGAUGCAGAGGAUACGGCUAACGACAAAACUGACAACUCCGCUCCUGUUGCACUCCAGGAAUCUGCAUUCGACAAAAACGAUGCACCUGCAAAGCCCCAGAUCAAGAUUGAAAUCUCAGGCCCGGCAGGACAUGCUGCUGUUGUUGCAUCUCCAGUGGUCAAGCUGGACCCCAUCUCUAAGGCGUCACAGUUCCAGAGCCGGCUUCUCAAGGAUAAGAUCAUCGAGCGAUCACGGGACUACUUUGUUCUCAAGAUCAAGCAGAUUCGUCUCCCAGGCGUCAAUGUCCAGCAGAUCCAACGCGAGAUGAGACAGAACAAAGACAUGUAUAUUUAUUUGGAGCGCCACUAUCCCGAGCUGGCGGUGGGGCUCAAAAAGGCCUACGUCAACACCAUCAAGUGGUACUACCUGUCCAACUUCACUCGGUACAUUUCUUGUCUUGAAAAGCUGAAUAUCAAGACGGUUGACAAAAGCAUUCUUCUAGGCACUGAUGAUGGCCGCGGGGCGUCCAGUGGUGGAAUUCUGGGCGGAAUUUACGGCUCUUCGGCUGCUACACCUCGAGACCCUUCAAUUGCCACUUCCCAGGAGCUUAUGAACACCACAGCCAAGCGGAUUCGACAGCUCGAAGAGGAAGAGUCGACAGUCAUGCCUGCCAAAAUUGCCGAAAACAACCCUCUGCAUCACUGGCUUGAAACCGGCUUCCGAUCGUUGAUGCAGGCGCUAUUGGAUAACUGCAACGUCGAGUAUGAAUUUCUCAAUGACCUAUUUGGAACCAGACAUGCCGUGGCGCAUUCUCCGCAGGCUUCUCCUGCCAAGCAGACUGUUUCCAGAAUCGACAAGUUGUUUCAGAAGAUCUUUCUGCCCACUUUUGAGGCCAUCUCAAACUACACCAACGAGCUGACGAGUACCACAUAUGACGCUUUUGGUAUGCUCAUUUGCAUUCGUAUCUGCCAAAAGAUGGCAGGACAGAGCCACGGGGUACCCAUGCUAAGAGCUGUGUACAAGCGACUGGCCAUGCUGCUGUGGCCUCGUCUACAGAUCAUUUUGGAUGCCAACUGCGAGUCGCUCCGUCGAGCAGCCUCCAAACCCUCGUCGUUUGUGUCUGCUAACAACUCCGCCAACCCCAACAUGGCUGCCUUUGCCCCUAUCCAGGUAACUCAGGAAUGGGCCAACUUCGAGGCCGCCAUCCUGACACUCAGUAAACGCCCCAAGGCUGUACGAGAGCCUGUAGCUCAGUGUCUGGGACGUCUUCAGAAUGAGUUUGAAUCUUUUCUCACCAAGGUCAGUGGUUGUUUGGGCUCUUCCAAAACCAAGGGCAUCCAGGAACGUCGGGAAACGUUUUUGUACAACAAUUACUUCCUGGUGUCCACCAUUAUCGGAGAUAUUGAAGGAGAUUUGGCUCAGGAACAAAAAACCCAUCUUCAACAGCUCCUGGAUGCUUAUAAGCAGACUUGA